AUGAACGAGGGCGCGGACGACGGCGGCGGCGCCGGAGGCGCGGCGCGGUCCCCAGGCUGGGGCCCCGAAGGGGAUGGGUUUGUCCCGUCUGCGCUGGGAACCCGAGAGCAUUUCCAGUGUUUAUUGCUAGAAAUAUGAUUGAUUUUUUAUGAAUUAAAUUUAAUAGCAAAAUUUGGUUUCUCUGAUGUUACUGGAAUUGAUUAUUCUCCGUCUGCAAUACAGCUUUCUCAAAAUAUUAUAGAAAAAGAAGGUUUAUCUAACAUUAAGUUGAAGGUAGAAGACUUUUUGAACCCUUCCACAAAGUUGUCUGGAUUUCAUAUUUGUAUUGACAAAGGGACUUUUGAUGCCAUAAGCCUUAAUCCUGACAAUGCAAUUGAGAAGCGGAAACAGUAUGUGGAAUCUCUCUCCAGAGUGUUGAAAGUGAAAGGCUUUUUUCUAAUAACCUCUUGUAAUUGGACCAAGGAAGAGUUGCUGGAUGAAUUCAGUGAAGGAUUUGAAUUUUUCGAAGAGCUGCCCACACCCAAGUUCAGCUUUGGAGGCCGAUCUGGAAACAGUGUAGCUGCGUUGGUUUUCCAAAAAACAUGAGGCUUUUCACUGGACAGACAGACUCAGUGUCUUUUUAAGAAGCUCUACAUCAAAGUAAACCUGACACAGAAAUUGCAAGUGCAAGUAAAUGUUUAGUAAGUACACAGGAUGCACAUUUUAAGGAGAAAUAAUGGGUUGAUUAAAAAAAAAUCAUGAGCAUGUAAGUGGUUGGGUUUUAGAGAUCAACCAAGACUAAUUUAAAAUUUUUCUUUUGUAGUUGAGAUAUAAAUAUUUCUCUUUCAGAUUAAAAAAAUAAUUCCUGUAACUGCUGAACAGCUAAAACUUUAAAGCAGUAAAUGAAUUUACAGAAAGCUUGUAUCCUUGAUUUUUGCACCUCGGUAAAGGUGAAUUGAAUAUAGUUAUUUAUGAAGAUUUGAUCAAGCUAUUCCAAGGUCAGAAUAAUAAGCCAAAUGACUUUCUUACUUUUUUAUUGGACUAUUAUAAAACAUAGUGUGAUAUUUUGGGUUGAAUGGUGAUUUUUUUUUAAAUGCUUUAAUAUCUGAGAAAAUGUCUCAGCCCUUAUGUGUGU